GGGGGCUGUGUGGAAUCUGUUGGAUUAUCUUUCAAUCUAACUGACCUUUCUUCAAUGCUGCUUCCUAUUUCCAUCCCCAGUCCCCACAUCCUGUUUAACCUGAAUAUUCAAUUCAAAGCUCGUACCAAGUUGUGGAUAAAAUCAUCAAUGGUUCCCAAUUCCCAUCCACCAUUGUUUUUUACGACUUCUUCAGAACGGUGGGAAAUUAAAAAGGAAGUUUUUUUUUUUUUUUAUAUCUCAUGUGCGCUUGUGCUCCAAUGUUGACCGACCCUCCCCUGCCCACCAAUUCCGCCCCUUUUCCUUCCCUUUUGUCCCCUUUUCAAACUUCGCUGCUACCCAUAAAUGGUUCGAUUCAGGGCUCCUGUCAUUGGCUGGGAAGUUAAAGGCCGUUUCUUUCUGUUGGUCAUCUGGGUACCAGUUCGUGAGAGGAUUGAGUCUCGUUUUCCCACCCGAGUUGGCUCGUUCGGUCCAUAGAUAUACAAACAACUGAAGGGUUGCAGGGAAUCAAGUUUGCGGAGAAGAAGCCUUUUUAAGUAAAGGGUAGUCCAGAGAUCUGUGAUUGCUCGGAGAUUUUGUUGGUUUGCUCGUCACGGGAAGUCUCACAAGUUCGUUGUUUCUUUCUUCCUUUGCUCCUCCGCCUUUUUGGUUUCUCUUUCUCACAAGAGAAGUGCUGUGGAGAAGUAAAAGCAGGAAAGGGGAAGGCUUGUGGAAGGAAAAGAUCCAAUCUUUAGCACAGAUUUCUCUGAUUGAAGCAAUCUGUUCUUCUGGGUAGUAUAUAACAGAGAGCAAAGCAAGUCCAGAAGCAUAGAAGAAAGAAGGAAAGGAAGGGAGUAUUUGAAGUUGGUCUUCUCCUUUGUUUUGCAAAUCUGGUUUUCUCUUCGCCAUGGACUAUAAUGGAGUAGUUGAAGUUAGCAGGGAUAAAAAUGGGAUUGAUGAGAUUCUACUUCGCAACCCUAGAGGAGCCUCAACAAGGGUAAGCUUGUAUGGAGGACAGGUUCUUUCCUGGAGAACUGACCAAGGAGAAGAAUUGCUCUUCACUAGCAGCAAGGCAAUUUUCAAGCCACCCAAUCCAGUUAGAGGAGGAAUCCCAAUCUGCUUCCCUCAGUUUGGCAAUAGAGGAGCUUUGGAGCAUCAUGGAUUUGCUAGGAAGAAAGUGUGGAUAAUUGAUGACAACCCGCCCCCAUUACAGCCUAAUGACUCCAAUGGCAAGUCCUACGUCGAUUUGCUUCUGAAGCCAUCUGAAGAUGAUCUCAAGUUGUGGCCUCACAGCUUCGAGUUUCGCCUGAGGGUAGCGAUAACAGCAGAAGGGAACCUGGCCAUGGUUUCACGCAUCAGGAACAUUAACUGCAAGCCUUUCAGUUUCUCAAUUGCAUACCAUACCUAUUUCUCCAUUUCAGACAUCAAUGAGGUGAGGGUGGAAGGACUGGAAACUCUCGAUUACCUCGACAACCUUUGCGAAAGGGAACGAUUCACAGAACAAGGGGACGCCUUGACUUUUGAAUCUGAGGUGGACCGUGUUUAUCUGAGUUCAUCAGAUGUGAUUGCUGUCUUCGAUCACCAGAGGAAGAGAACAUUUCAAAUCAGAAAGGAAGGGCUCCCUGAUGUUGGUAAAAACAGUCUAUUCCAUUCCCAACCCACUUCUUCCUUUCUUUUCUUUCUGCCUUCUGAGAAUUUCAACCAUCAUUCUCCCCCUUUGAAAUUUCAAACUCCUGCUACAGUUAGAAGCUAGUUUGGUAGGCACGGCAGAAGACACUUGUACUCUAAGCAAUCAUCUAUAUCUUAUUGUAUCCUUUCAAAACCUGUCUGCUGCAGUGGUAUGGAAUCCAUGGGAGAAGAAAGCAAAGGCAAUGGCAGAUCUUGGAGAUGAAGAGUACAAGCAGAUGCUGUGCGUUGAUGGUGCUGCAAUUGAGAAGCCAAUCACGUUGAAGCCUGGUGAGGAAUGGACCGGCCGUUUAGAACUCUCCCUCAUCCCUUCAAGUUGAUUGGUAUGCUGCUGGUGGACCAUCAAAAACACUGAUAAAGUAACCUUCUUUAUCUAAUUCAACCAAAUACAAAUGGACAGAGAUGGCCAAACAAGUAAACCUAAUUUUUUGCUUGCUUUGCACUAUUUCCACAACUAAAGUGAUUACUGAAGGUGAUAGUUACCUUAGUUGGGGAAAUAGACAUGUAUUCAUAUAUAGCUGCCUCUUUGACUUUUCUUUCUAUAAUGGUGGCAUGACCAAUUUUAGGGGUCUCUGCUAAGAUAGAGAGAGAAAGUGGAGAAGAGGGUGUUUACAAUAAAGUUAGAGAGAGAGAGAGAGAGAAGAUGGGUUAGUCUGCUUGGAUGGAGAUAAUAUGAGGUUUUUAUUUCUGGUUUCUCCAUGUUAGCAGCAAGCAGGGAGGAGGAAGAAGAGUGUUAUAUUAUUAGAGCAUUUCUUUCUUCCAUUGUGUUGUGAUUUUUUGGUUGAUUUCUUCGGUUUUUAUUUAUGUAAUUUGGGGUUCUUUUGGCCUAAUUGUAAGUGUAUAUGUAUAUGGAUCUGGCCAUGAUUGUGUGCCAAUUGAGACAUGCUUUUCUGAUAAAUAAAUUGUUUGAUUA